CCUCGGGGUGAAGGAAAAAAUAUGGAUCUGACAGGGUUCGGGGUUCAGGAGCAUUAAUUUUAUUAUUAAUUACAUUAUUUAUUAUUUUAUUUGCUUUUGACGGGUGCUACACACACACACACACACACACACACACUCUCUCUCUCUCUCUCUUGAUGAACUGCGGCCCUGAAAACACUAAAUCCUGCGGGAGGUUCAGCUGAAGGAACUGUUUUGCAUUCGAAAAAAACUUUUCCUACAUCACAAGUUCUCCAUCAGGUUCCUGGAAAUCUCUACACUACAGUAUGAACCUGACCGACCUGAAGAACUUCUUAUUAUUCUUUCUUACAUUUGGUUGUCUUCAAGUAUUUGUAGAUGCACAUUCUCUGGAGUACCACUACACCACGCUCACGCCCCAAUAUACUGGUUUCCCAGAGUUCACUGCUGUGGGUCUGCUGGAUGGAAAGCAGUUUAUGUCCUACAGUAGCAGUAACAUGACGCUGAUCCCAGAGAACUGGAUAAAGAACAGUAAGAGUGAAGAUUACUGGAAGAGUGAAUCACAGAACAUGGAGGGACAUCAUGAUAACUUUAACAACAUCUUCACAAAAAUAAACAAUCAGUUUAAUGACAGUAGAGGUCACACACUACAGAGGAUGUACGGCUGUGAUAUUAAUAAUGGCGGCAUCACUAGACGAUAUGAUCAGUACGGUUUUGAUGGAGAAGAUUUCAUCAGUCUGGAUCUGGAAAAUGGAACCUGGAUUGCAGUUAAACCUCAAGAUGAGAUCCUCAAACACGACUGGGAUUCUAAUGGUUACACUACAUACUGGAAGAACUUCCUGGAGCAUGACUGUAUUGAUUUGUUAAAUACAUUUGUGAAUUAUGGCAGAGAGACUCUGAAGAGAAAAGUUCGUCCUGAAACGUCAUUGUUCCAGAAAGAAGCUUCUCCAGAGGUGGUGUGUGAUGCUACAGGUUUCUGCCCCAAAGCACUGAAUAUCUCCUGGCAGAAGGACGGAGAGGACGUGCAUGUGAACGUGGAGCUCAGAGAGACGUUACCCAACCAGGAUGGAAGCUUCCAGAAGAGAUGCAUUCUAAAUGUCUCAGCUGAGGAGCUGCAGAAACACACCUACACCUGUGUGAUUGAGCACAGCAGCUUGGAGAAGGAUUUAGUGCUGCCUGUGAGCGAGAGACGAAUCCUGAGAGAUGGAGGAUCAGAUGGAGGACUGAUUGGGAUCAUCAUUGGUGUAGUCGUGGCUCUCGUUGUUCUUGUUGCUGUUGUUGCUGGAAUUGUGAUCUGGAAGAAGAAGAACUCUGGACAUAAUCAUGUUCCUGUUCCAUCCAGUGACUCCCCUGAAGGAGAUACUUCCUCUGGUAGACCAGAAGAAAGUGAUCAUGAUGCAGUGGGAGAGGGAGAGAAGAUGGAGAUGAAAAAUAUGGUAAAUGGGCAUAGCAACUAGAACAACAUCAACACAUCAGAACAAACUGCACCAGACUGCAGAAAAGUUCUCUUGGACCAAACAAAAGAUGGGGAUCUGAAGAGCUGAGCUGCAUUGAUCUUCUACACACUCUGAAACCCAUCCGCUGGGCCUGGAGUGAACCUGGUCGACCUUUAAUCCGAAGAAUAAAAUUGCUGCCACUCCAAGCUGCCAGUUUUGGGUACUUGAACAAGACCUCAUGAACAUGACCUUCAGCUGCUCCGUGAAUAAAUGAGAUUAUUGUUGUUUUGUUUACUCUGUAUGAGGGCAUCUACCAAAUGCCAGUUAAUGACCUCAGAGUGAUGGAACUGUAAUGAAUGGACAUUCAGUGUUAAGGACGAGGUUCCUUUUUGAGGCUGGUUCUUCUCAAGGUUUUCUCCUUAUAACAUCUCAGAGAGUUUUGCCUGAAUUGUUCAUUUGGGAUACAUUUGUAGGCACUAAUUUAUACAUUUCAAUUUGUUUUGUGCUAUAUUUGUUUGUUAAGUUGUUAAGACAAUUUAGAUUUUUAAAAAUUGCAGUAGAAAUACUGAGCUAAACUGCACUAUAAGCACUUUUACUGAUUAUAGAACAUUUUAUAGAGUGUAUUUAAUCAGUAUAUGUACUUGAAUAAGCUCAUCAUCUCAGGUACAGUUGUUUCUGGGCUCACAUUAAGUGGAUUAUUACCACCUGAAGUGCCAUAAAAUCUACUAUGGCAUUGAAGCAGCAAUGAAACAUCAGUCAUCAUUCCUGACUAAAGGGAACAUGACUGGAAUGAUCUUCCAGAGAGACAAUCAUAUCUCUCCAUUAUUUGAGUGGCAUCAAUAAUGUGAGACCUUAAUAUAUAUUUACUUCAAGACUUUGUUUACAUUCCUGCAGAGGAAACAGUAUAAACUGCUGAAGACGUCUCAACUGAUGUUGUUUACUGUGAUUCCAAUGUGAAUAUAAAUUGAAGUCCUUCAUGUUCUAUGUUACUGGUGCCUUCAAAAUGAGAGUGUGUAUUACUUUAUCCAUUGCCUCUUGUGUUUCAUCUGUUUUGUUCUCCUCCAGAGGUGAUUUGAUAUCAGGUGAUACUAUUAAUUGUAGCCGAUUUCAUUUUCAAUGUGUAAAGUUUCUGGCACUACAGACGGGGUGGCGUUGCCUGAAAUCGGGAGAAAUACAGUUGGAAUUCUGACAA